UGGUGGCUAAAUAAAGUCGGACGGAUUAAUGGGACGCUCUGUGAAUAGGUCUGCAAUAUACUGAAGUGGUUUCUUAUAAAACUCACCUUUAUACUAAGAAACAGACGUUCUUCAGUUCGGCCAUCACACUUGACCUGUAUGGGUGACAAACGUCAGAGAGCGAGGGUGCAGGGCUCCUGGGCCAAACCUGUGGCCAAACCAGCACCCUCAGUAGCAGGUAGGCAGCCAACGCCUGGGUCAUGGAACGUUGGGCCAAGAACGUAUGAGUUCCAUCAGCCAGCUGAUCCGGUCAGAGUGAUACCCGUGGAAAAGGCGAUAGAAGAGGCUGGGGACUAUGAGAUCAGCCAAGGGCCCACUGGAGUGUCCAGACUGCGGCUUCUCCCUGGGUUUCUGCCACUGGAGGAGGCAGACUGGAUGUUCGCUACUCUGCUGGCUGAGCUACCAUGGUCACAGAAGACCAAUUAUGGUUUGAUGGGUGACUCGUAUGACGAACCCCGGCUGACCUGCUGGUAUGGAGAACUACCUUACACAUAUUCUCGCUCCACAAUGCAAGCCAACCCUCAGUGGCAUCCUGUCCUCAUAACACUACGUCAGGCCAUUGAGCGGGAGACCUCACACACGUUUAACUCACUACUUUGUAACUUGUACCGUGAUGGAAAGGACAGCAUUGCCUGGCACAGUGAUGAUGAAGCUUCUUUAGGCCCUCGCCCCACCAUUGCCUCCCUCAGUCUAGGGGACACACGAGUCUUUAGUCUCCGGAAGAAGCCGCCCCCAGAAGAGAAAGGGGAUUACACAUAUGCAGAGAAAUUGAGGAUACCUCUGAGUCAUGGGACUCUCCUCAUUAUGGAGGGGUGUACUCAAGAAGACUGGCAGCAUCAGGUGGCGAAGGAGUACCACGACCGAGGGCCUAGGAUAAAUCUGACCUUCCGUACUAUCUAUCCAGAACCACAUUCCUCCAAGAGAUGAUGGAUAAUAAUGGAGAUAUUAAGACAAUAAGAGCCUGAAGAUAUAUGAAUAAAUGCAGGCCAUUCAAAGAGAUGGAGAGGAUGAGGUCAAAAAAAGAUUUUCACUCACGCUUGCGGAACAUCAACAAAAUGGUGAUAGAUCGUGUCCUCCCAUUUGCCAAAUACAGUCACUGAUUGACCAUAACAUAACCUCUCGUCGAGUGAAUUAUUCUUUCAGGGUGGUGUUUAGAUAGUGUUCUGUUUUGGUUUUUGAGAGAUCAUUCAUCUCAGUACUGCUAAAUGUCUUCCUCACUUUUUUCAAACAAUGGAAGUUCACUGUACAAUCAAGACCUAUUUACAAGAAGAACGUGAAGUUAAAUAUUUAUAAAUAUUAUUUAAAUAUAGUGUUUUCUUUUCAAUAACAUCUCAAAGGAGUGCAAAGGUGUUACUUCCAACAAAAAAUUGUAUGUAUGCAGUAAUUGGUUUCUCUGUUUAUUAGCCCUGUAAUGAAAAGAAAUGUUGAUGUUUUUUUUUUCUUUUUUUUUGAGGCUAUUUUUUGUUGGACUGCUGCAAUAAAAUGUGGAAGAACA